GAGCACGCACCAGUCCACACUACUUUCCACAUAUACUGCUCUCCAAACUCGAUCCAAAUGACUACUUCCAACAUAACCCACUUUCUUCCUUUCCUUCUCCUCUUUGCUGUUCUUGCAGUCUGGAUUAAUGGCUCUUGUGCCAAGGUCCCAGACGAAGACGACCACGCUGCCUUCCUAGGUGCACCCAUUUGUCCCUCUCCGGAUAACUCUCUGUACUACCGGCCGGUGAUCGGGAUCCUAACUCACCCCACCGACGGUGCAGGCGGGAAACUGAACAAGACCUCCUAUAUCCCUGCGUCCUAUGUUAAGUUCGUCGAGUCGGGUGGCGCCCGCGUCAUCCCUAUCAUCUACGACGAGCACGAAGAUACCAUCACCCACAAACUUGAGUUAGUGAAUGGCGUGCUGUUUACCGGUGGAUUCAUGACAUUACCCUCUUACACUAAUGUGGCAAAGAAAAUUUUUCAGACAGUUUUGCAUAAAAACGAAGCAGGGAAUCAUUUUCCUUUGUAUGGAAUGGCCUUAGGCUUUGAGCAAUUGAUCCAUUUCGUCGGCAAGAAUCCUAAUAUCAUGGAGAAAAUUGCUGCAUACGAUCAGGCAUCUAAACUUAAUUUCUACACUCGAGACUUAGGAGGAACUGUUUUCCAGAGCUUUCCUCCAGAGUUAUUGAAUAAGAUGAGCACAAAAUGCCUUGCCAUGCACAAUAGUGGGGUUGGUAUUUCAAGAGAAAGGUUUGAAAAGAACAGUACUCAUCUGCCUAGCUUCUUCAAGGUUCUCACAACCUCUGUUGAUGCUAAAAAUAAGGAAUUUGUUUCCACUGCGCAAGCCUACAAUUAUCCUAUAGUUGGGUUUCAGUGGGUCCCGCCUAAAAAUGCUUUUGAGUGGGGAAACAGAAAAAUACCUCGUACUGAAGAUGCAAUUCGAGUUACUCAACAAACUGCCAACUACUUCAUCAGUGAAGCGCGGAAAUCUAAAACCAAACCUGAUGAGACUGAGGUUCUAGCCCAUCUCAUUUACAAUUACCAACCAGUUUAUACUGGAAAAGAAGGCAAAGGAUAUGAUCAAGUCUAUUUCUUUCCUUGAUGUCUCAAUGCACUAUGUUUAUGUUUAUUAAAAGUGCUUUAAUUUAAUGGACGUUGUAUGUUUGGAUGUCUAAUUAGUAUGUGCUUUAUGUGUAAGAAGUCCUUCCAAUGUGUAUCUGUAUCAGUGUAUGUGCACUUGUAAGUGCUUGUAAACUGUAAAUUUACUAUUACUUAAGGAAAUAAAAAGCACUUCAAUAA